GCUCCUCGCCCUCUCCACCAAUCCACUCACUCAUCUCUCCUGUUUCAUUUCUCGUCACUUUGUAAGCAAGCGAGAUUCCGAGAACCGUCGCACUCACACCGAUCUCUGCGGGGUUUCGGAUCGAUCCCCAUCGCCCCCAAAUCCAAUGCCUCAUCCGAAGCGGGUCUCUUCGUCAUCGGGGAGCGCGAGGAACCGCGGCGGCGGCGGCGGGGGGUUUGCGCCGCCGCUCGUGCUCCUCCUCUUCGUCUUCGUUCUCGCCCCAUUCCUCUUCCUGGUGGUGAAGAAUGGGGUGCGCACGCAAAUCUCGCCGGAUGAAAGAGGCAGUGCUGACUCUGCAGGCAAACAGGUUCUCGAUUGGAGAGAGCAGCCAGCCAUUCAAGAGCUGAAAUCUGUGCUUACUAAAGAGUUAAUUGACUCAAUUGCUGCUGGUCGAGAUGAAUUGAAGCCAUGGAGUCUCGACUCUUUCAGAAAGAACCAUAUCUCUUCUUCAUGGAAAAUAGAAGGGCUUAAUGGUGCUAAUGUCAAUUCUGAUGAAAAUAAUGCAACUUUGCCAGAGCCUCUUCAAACAGCAUCAGAUGCUGCACCCAAGGAUGUGAAAGGAAACUUGGAAGAUAAUGCUGCAGGUGGUAACUUGCAUGUGUCAGAUAAAGAGGUUAAUGAUGAUUCUGAUGGACAACAGCUUUCUGAUACACCUGCAAAUGCAGCUCGAAGGAAAUUGAGAGAGAAAAGGCGAGAAAAGAGGGCAAUGGAGUUGGUUCAACAGGAUGAUGAAGCAUUAGUUAAGCUUGAAAAUGCCGCCAUUGAACGCUCAAAAGUGGUGGAUUCUGCAAUACUUGGGAAAUACAGUAUAUGGAGGCGGGACAAUGAGAACGAGAAUUCAGACUCAACAGUUAGGUUAAUGCGGGACCAAAUGAUCAUGGCGAGGGUCUACUCUGUAAUUGCAAAGUCGAAGAACAAACUUGACCUUUACCAAGAACUAUUGACUCGGCUCAAGGAAAGCCAGCGUGCAGUUGGAGAGGCUAAUGCUGAUGCUGACCUUCAUCACAGUGCCCCUGAGAGAAUCAAAGCAAUGGGUCAACUAUUGUCAAAAGCCAGAGAAGAACUGUACGAUUGCAAAGCAAUAACCCAGAGAUUAAGAGCAAUGCUUCAGUCAGCAGAUGAGCAGGUCAGGAGCUUGAAGAAACAGAGCACAUUCUUAAGUCAAUUGGCUGCAAAGACGAUUCCCAAUGGGAUUCACUGCUUAUCAAUGCGCUUAACAAUAGAUUAUUACCUCCUCCCUCCAGAGAAAAGGAAAUUUCCGAGGAGUGAGAACUUGGAAAAUCCAGACCUUUACCAUUACGCGCUCUUCUCUGACAAUGUUCUGGCUGCAUCAGUUGUUGUCAACUCAACCAUCAUGAAUGCAAAGGAGCCGGAGAAGCAUGUAUUUCACCUUGUGACAGAUAAAUUGAACUUCGGAGCCAUGAACAUGUGGUUCCUUUUGAACCCACCUGGAAAGGCGACCAUUCAUGUUGAGAAUGUGGAUGAAUUCAAAUGGCUGAACUCUUCCUAUUGCCCAGUUCUUCGACAGCUUGAGUCUGCUUCUAUGAAAGAGUAUUAUUUUAAGGCUGAUCAUCCUACGACUCUCUCAGCUGGUUCUUCUAAUCUAAAAUAUCGAAACCCUAAAUACCUUUCUAUGUUGAACCAUUUGAGGUUCUAUCUCCCACAGGUCUAUCCCAAGUUGGAUAAAAUCCUUUUCCUUGAUGAUGACAUAGUUGUGCAGAAGGAUUUGACAGGAUUGUGGUCUGUAGAUCUUAAGGGAAAUGUGAAUGGUGCGGUGGAGACAUGUGGUGAGAGUUUCCACCGUUUUGACAAAUAUCUCAAUUUCUCGAACCCGCACAUUGCUCGGAACUUUGAUCCUAACGCAUGUGGUUGGGCCUAUGGAAUGAAUAUUUUUGAUUUGAAGGAGUGGAAAAUAAAGGAUAUCACUGGUAUUUACCACAAGUGGCAAAACAUGAAUGAGGACAGGGUUCUCUGGAAACUUGGUACACUUCCGCCGGGGCUCUUGACCUUCUACAAAUUAACUCAUCCUCUAGACAAAUCAUGGCACGUUCUUGGGUUGGGUUAUAACCCUAGUAUCGAUCGGUCGGAGAUUGACAAUGCUGCUGUAAUCCACUACAAUGGGAAUAUGAAGCCUUGGUUAGAGCUUGCAAUGACCAAGUACCGGCCGUAUUGGACUAAGUUUAUUAAGUUCGAUCACCCUUACGUUCAUGGCUGCAACUUAAGUGAAUAGACUUUAGUAAAUAGACCUAAUCGGACAGUUCCUCGCAAGAUAUUGUUUCUUGGUUGGAGAUCAAAGCAAAGCCACAGAAACUUGCUGUUCGGGUGGCGUUCUCCCUUUGAUCUCUUCACUCGAGGUAUUCUUUUUUCCCACUUUGUAUUGUCCUUCUUCUUUGCAGUAGCAUGUUUUUUUGUUUCAUUUGUUGUCAUUGUAGAGUUGAAAGAAAAUUGACAUGCUAAGAUGUUAAUGCAAUUAAUUUUCAUUUUCUCCACUACCA